AAAUCCCUUAAAAUAUAAAUAAAGACAAUGAUCCCUAUCACUUGAAGAUGAGAGCAACUGCGCUUUCCACCUUUCACUUCUCCGACAAGCACCAUGGAAACAAUCACACAUCCUCACUCCAUGUGGCAAUUCUCGCCUUCCUUGGCUGCUUCUAUCGUAUUUCUCAUGCUAUUCUUCCUUACAACGGUCGCCCACCUUAUACAAGCGCAGUUAUACCGUAAGUGGUAUUGUUUGGUCAUCGUCAUGUCUGGUAUAUUGCAAACAGGCACCUACGCUUUCCGCACCGCUAGUAUACAGAACCCUGAGAGCUACAACCUCUACGCCGCUUGGUUUGUCCUCAUUCUUGUCGCUCCCCUAUUAACCAACGCGUUCGUUUACAUGGUAUUUGGCCGCAUAGUGUGGAAUUUUAGCGAAAACAGAAAACUGUGCGGCAUAAGGGCACAGCAUUUCUCGCUCUUAUUUGUCUUCUUGGAUGUCGUCGCCUUUAUCGUGCAGGUGCUUGGCGCGGCGAAAGCUGUGACCAAAGAUGCGUCACAAGACGUAAUGUAUCAGGGCUUGCACAUAUAUAUGGGGGGUGUCGGUAUCCAACUGCUAUUCAUCUUGGUCUUCAGCUUUCUUGGUAGUAUUUUGUUCUACUUUGCCAGGAAGGCUGGUCUCCAAACCGAUCGAAAGGACCACUUCCGAGUCUGUUUAACAAUGCUUUGGGUCCAAGGCGCUUGCCUAUUUUUAAUCGCCCUUCGAAUUGUAUUCCGUCUCUGCGAAUACUCACAAGGUCUCGACAGCACCAUUCCCUUACACGAGACGUACCAAUACUGCCUGGACUCGUUGCCAAUGUUUUUGGCUUUACUAUUGCUGAAUUUUAUGCAUCCCGAUCGAAUCAUGUGCUCAUACCCUACCAGAAUACCAUCCACUUCGAAGAGUUUCCACGUCAAACCAAGCGCCUCGCCAAGACAUGAGACUUGGAGCGCUCCGGCCACCUCACACGAGUUAGACCUCUAUUAG